UAUAAUUUAUAUACACGUUAUUUUUUUUUUCACGUACAUUGUUUAGAUUAUUAUGCUCUCGUUCUCGGCGCAAAACCAAAAUAAAAAAUACAAAAUCAAGUACACGGACAACGCAGCCGCCGCUGCGAUGUAUAAAGUAAUAAUAAUAAUGAAAAUGAUGAAAAAAAAUAUAUAAUAAUAAUGACAAUAAUAAUAAUAUAGAAACGUGUGUGCGUGCAUGUUCGCGGACGGCGGCGGCGGUGACGGCCAGCCGGACGGACGGGAAAACACCAGUAACGGUCUGCCGGCUGCCGCGUGAACGUCCCCGACUUAAUGUGUGUAUGUGUGUGUGUGUGUACCUACGCCGCCGCCGCCGCAGUAACUUGCGCCAUCAUGAGUGUUCGACGUCCGAUACACCACGCAUUUAGCUGACGGGCAUAGACUAGAUUUGUGAAUAAUUGCGAUCAAAUCGAAUCUCCGUAAACGAAACAUACAUAACAACACCGUAUUUGUAUAUGUGCAUUCGCAAACAUAUUCCCGGCUCGAAGCUUUUACACAAAGUGGUGUUAGACAAUUUUAAUUCGUAUGUUUCAGGGAAUACGAUUAGAGUUCGGGAAUAAACCGUGGACAAGACGAACGUACAGAAACUUUUAAUGCGUUGGAAGAUGCGGUAUUUGGCGGUUGCCACUCUGGUGUUGGUGACCGCUUACACUGUGCUGGCGGCCGGCGGACGACAACGCGGUCCGGUCGACCGUCAGCAAGCUGCCGUCGCCUCCACCGUCGCCGCCGACAAUCUUCCGGAAACGCCGUCCGCGGUUCAAUGUUCCAGUUGUUUGGCACACGACCGACUCAAGUCGCUGAGCAUCGAGCUCAUUAAAGACUCGAUAUUGAACAAGUUGGGCAUGGAGCGGCCGCCGGAGUUUGGUGGUCGGCGGCCGCCCAAGGUUCCCGCCGACCUACCGCCCCUCAAGGAUCUCAUGCGUGCUUACAACGACCGAGGAUCUGUGCUGGUGCGGCCGCACAUCCGGCAUAAAUCGCACCAUACCGAAGCGUCCAGCGACGGUGGCGGCGGUACGGACAUGCAGAGCGACGAGGCGCCCGGAAACGCCGCUCCACCUACGGCCACGACCGUGCCGGUGACGUUUGUGGAUGACGACGACGACGAAGACGACUAUCACAUGAAGACGCACAAGCUUAUCGCCUUCGCGCAACCACAUCCCACGACGCCGAAACUGCGGGGCCACCAUUUGCUGUAUUUCACGUUCUCUGAGAAAACAAGUCAGCACCAGAUUACCAAGGCGGUUCUGUGGGUAUACAAAAAGCGCACAACCACCGAACUGCAUCAAACCGACCAGGUGAUCAAUCUCGAAGUGAACAGGAUCCAUCCAGUCACUAUGCACCCGUUGUACAUGACCACCAUAAAGCGUGUGAUAAAUACUACCGAACCGACCUGGGUGUCCAUUAACCUACAGAGACACAUGGCAGACUGGUUCGAUACCACGAAUACGGCAAAGAACCUCACGCUCAUGGUGCAUGCGUCCUAUGUUCACGCAAACAUGACGCACGCCAAAACGCCGUUCGUUACAGAUGCUCGAAAAAGAGCCGACAUGAUGGAGAUCCCGUACUUGGAGGUGCACACCGUGGACGACCGACGGUCCCGGGCCAAGCGGAACGCGGGUGCCGGCCUGUUUUGCAACGAGACGUCCGCGGAGACCCGAUGCUGUCGGUACCCACUUACUGUCAACUUCGAAGAUUUCGGCUGGCAUUGGAUCAUCGCGCCUAAGACGUACGUGGCGAACUACUGUUCCGGUACGUGCGACCCCAUGCUUUUUACGAAGUACCCGCAUACGCAUCUGGUGCAAAUGACGAAGUUCGGCGUCGGGCCAUGCUGUGCGCCCAGAAAAAUGUCCGCCAUAUCGAUGGUGUACUUCGACGUUGACUUGAAUAUUGUGUACGGUAUACUGCCCGGUAUGGUAGUGGACAGGUGUGGCUGUAGCUAAUCGUGCACGUUCGGUCAUAUAUUGUAAAUCAUUCAUACGCUAAACAGCACUCGCUCACGCAUACACAAAUAUAUACAAUUAUGAAUUAUUAUACAUUUACAAAAUCGCGUCGAUAACAGUAAUGUACUUAACUAAAACAAAAAAAAAACGUGUCGCACUCAAACACGACGUAUACACACUAUUAUAAUAUAUAUAUAGUUUUUCUGUAAAUGUACUGAUAGCAAACUCAUUAAAUCUAUAUAUAUAUAUAUAUAUAUAUCAUAAUUUAUGUUUAUAUACAAUAGUAUUGUCGUGUUCUAAAGAUUACACAUAUUUAUUCAUUAUGUAUUAUUUAUUUGCACCACGUCUCAUUGUAAAUAAAUUCUUUUUUUACGUUUUUGUUUUUACUACCUAUUUAUUUAUUAUUUUUUUUUAAUUUGAAUAGUCCACUAUUUAGACGACGCGUUAAAAUUAAAACUUGUAUUACCAACACUAGAUGUUAACAAUAUGUUAUAAACAUAAUAUUAUAUUGUACAAGUGAAAAAAUGUCGAUAACAUAGGAAUGAGUAAAUCAAAUGAGGAAACACUUGUUACCAUGGUGCGUAUUGUUAUAAUACUUUUUUACCUCAACUUGCGUUCAAUGCUUACUGUCUUUGAUUUUUAAUUAUUUAAACUAUUUAAUAACACCUACUAAUAUUUCGAAGCCAAUGCCAUAUCCAUAAUUUACACACUUAAUAUAAACUUAAAUAUAAAUGUUUUGUAAUAAUAUUAAUAAUGUAAAACUUGCACACAAUAAGUAUGACGUUUUUAAAUGGAAUUGAUUUUAAAAACCGUUUGUCUAACUAGUAUGCAAUGAUUUGUUAGAAAGAAAGUUUUAAGUCUUAAAAUACAAGUCUUGUAUUUGCUUAAGUUAUACCUAAUACUAUUAAUACAACAUUUUGCUAACUUUUAUAUGAACGCCAAUUAUUAAUACAUU